GUAUUAAAAUGUUUACAUCGGAAAUACCUAUCCCGGAAGCUGAUAUUGAAAAUAUGUUUAUAUAAAUAUCCCUGGAUUGAUAAAUCUAAAAUUAUGAGAAGAAAUUAAUUUGAAUACUAUUACUACAAGUUAUAACAAUGAAGUCAGAGCGAGAGAUAAAUUAUACUUUCACACUGCUAUUCAGUGUAGCAAUAUGUGUCAUUGGCAACAGUUUCCUGUACGGGUACAAUAUUGGUGUGGUCAACAACCCAGCAGGGGUGAUACGUGUAUUUUAUGUAGAAACAAUAAUGAUAAGGAGACAGCAGCUCCCAGAAAAUUGGUUUGAAAUCAAAGAUCAAUACCUAGAAAUGAUGGAGAAUAUGAAGAUGCAGAAUCUCACAGUGACAUCAGACACUAAUGCUACGGCAUCGGGUAAUGGAACCGGUUUCGAUAUCGGUAAAGUUAUUACUCAAAUCAAAGUGGCUUCCAUGAAAAAUGACAAAAUUGAACUCCUCUGGUCUGUGACUGUUGCAAUUUUUGUUUUGUUUGGAAUGAUUGGAGCUUUUACAUCUGGAAAAUUUGCUGAUUAUUUUGGAAGGAAGAAAGGGAUGAUUAUUAUAACUGUAAUCAUGUUUUUGGCGGCCAUUUGUGGUGGUAUUCCAAUCGUUGCACGUUCAUUUGAGGUUAUCAUAGUUCAUAGAGCAUUAGUAGGAUUGCAUUGUGGUUUGAAUGUAAGUUUAGCAUCGUUGUAUUUGGCGGAGAUUUCACCAAAGAAGAUCCGAGGAGCUAUUGGAACGUGUCAUCAGUUGUUUAUCACGAUCGGUAUCCUAUGGUCGAACAUCAUGGGAGUAUCUAAGCUUGCAGGCAAUCACAAACAGUGGCCAUGGGUGUUUAUUUUUAAUGCUUUCCCAGCAUUCAUUUGUCUUGUGGCCAUGCCAUUUUGUCCCGAGAGUCCACGAUACCUGCUCAUCAAUAGAGGAGACGAGGAAACUGCAAGACAUGGAUUAAAGGAUUUACGAGGAUACCUGGAUGUAGAAGACGAAAUUGAUGAAAUGAAAGUUGAAGCCAGGAAAUCACAGAGUGUUAAAGAGUUCUCCCUCAAAGAAUUACUCACGAGCCCAGAAUUACGUGUACCAAUUAUUAUAGCCUGUUGUUUGCAGAUCGCACAGCAAUUCUCAGGAAUUAAUGCUGUGAUGUCCUUUUCUAGUUUUAUGUACGAAAAUGCUGGUGUUGACCUUAACCUUAUUGAAUGGAUAGUUUGUCUGACCAGUUUGAUCAACAUGCUCACUACCAUACCAGCUGUACCAAUGAUUGAGAAACUUGGGAGACGGCCACUUCUUCUUUUCCCCAUGGGUUUGAUGGCAUUGUCUUUUAUAGUGUUAACAAUCUUCCACAAUCUGCAGUAUAAUACGUCACUACAGGACAGUCGUCAUAUCUUCGCCAUUAUAGGAAUCAUCGCCAUGCACACAUAUGUCAUUGGUUUUGCAGUUGGUCUUGGACCAAUUCCUUUUAUUGUUGUGGGUGAGAUAUUCCGGCAGGAACCCAGAGCUGCUGCUAUGAGUUUAUCAUUGACCUUCAACUGGAUCUGUAAUUUCAUUCUUAUGAUGGUCUUCAGAUUUAUGCAGAAAGCCAUGCUGGGAUUUGUGUAUUUACCAUUUAUAGGCGUGCUUGUGUUAGCCAUAGCCUUCAUAUGGAUUAUGGUUCCAGAAACAAAGAACAAAACAUUCGAUCAGAUAUCAUCUUCGAUACACAAAGGUGGACGUAACCAAGACAACAUGUUAAACCACGAGGGGGAAGAACUACAAUCAAUGAAAGCUUGAUGAAUGCGUAUCUUAGGUGUUGUUUAUUUUUAGUGGAUAUUUUGACGUUGAUCGCUUUUGUUGUAGACUUAGGGCUCAAUUGUUUUAUUAAGCGUGUUCCCAACAUAUUUAUUGAGGCCCUGUUACAAGAUCACUUUCAAGAAUUCAUUUCAACAAGGAUAUCUGUUAAUAUUAGCGGUGAAAAUCAUUCCAGACAGGCAUUUUAAUUUUUUAACCAUGGCAACACUAUUGAAGUAGCCAUGGUUUCUAGGAAUACAUUUUAGAUGUGCUCAUGAUCAUAAAUACAUACAUAUUUACAUGUUUGUUUAUUCACUAUAGCAGUUUUAUUGCUAUUCUUCAUCUAACCAUCUAUCAUAAUCGUCAUUGAAUGUAUUAUAAAACUAGCUAACGUUCAUUCCCUAUCAUCAUAAAGUCACUCAUGAAUUAUGUGUGAUAAUUGGCUAGUUGACAGAAAAACCCCUACUUUAUAAGUAGACAGUAACUUAUGCUAAGUAAUAUUAUUGUGUACAAAAUUAAUGAUUUGAGGAUUUUUUAAAUUUUACCUUACACAGGAGAAUCACACAAUUUGCCUACAGGUAAUUUGUUAAUUCACAGGAUAAAAUCAAUGAUGAACAAAUUGGAAUUUAUAAUUCGAUGCUGUGUAUCUUCUGAUAUACAGGCGCAAAAUUUACAACCAUGCAAUAAAAAAAAAUAAGAUAAGAUUCAGCUAUUUUAAAGUAAGGGACAUAUUUUUUGUCCCUUAAAGAUGUUGAACACAGUUUAUUUGUUCACAUGUAUCUGUUAGGCCCUUAUUCUGGACAUGUAUUUGUAAGGCCCUUAUUCUGGUUAUGUUGGAUUAUUUGGUGGCUGUAGGAUUUUGUAGCAGGGCCUGUUGUUAACCUUCAAAUUGUGGCUUACCUCAUUGUUAAUGCAGCUAAAAUUUUGUGAUUGUUAUUGUGAAAUAUUGUCAGUAUAAUAUAUGAUAUAUGCAUUGUACAUUAAGAUUUGAACUUGUUUAGAACUGUCAUUGGGCAUUAAGAGCUGCUUGUAACAAAAAUAUUCCACACAGAGAGGAAAUUUUUUACAAUAGAUCAAAAGCUUUCCACUGAAGGACUGUUCCAUAAAAACUUAGGAAGGACCAUGUGUAGGCUUUUUGGUAUGGGGUCAAAUAUUUUUUUUGUACAGAUAGUAUGUUAGAAAAUCUGUGUUUGGUUACCCUAUUUACAAAUAGACUUCCCCAGGUCUCAUAUGUUUAAAUAAAACAGCACUUGAUUCUUAAUAUUAAAAAUGGGAGUCCUUGGCUCUUAAUAUUGAAAAUGGGACAGUCAUUGGCUCUUAAUAUUAAAAAUGGGACAGUCAUUGGCUCUUUAUAUUAAAAAUGGGACAGUCAUUGGCUCUUUAUAUUAAAAAUGGGACAGUCCUUGGCUCUUAAUAUUAAAAAUGGCACAGUCCUUGACUCUUAAUAUUAAAAAUGAGACAGUCCUUGGCUCUUAAUAUUAAAAAUGGGACAGUCCUUGGCUCUUAAAAAUGGAAUAGUCAUUGGCUCUUAUAUUAAACCUACAACUUACUUCUUAACCAAUUGAUCAACAAAAAGUAUAUCUCUUGUGUGGGUGUUUUUAACAGUAGCUCUGUUUAAGCUGAGUGCCAAUGGAAACACAACUCUCAUCAUUUUUUGCACUGCCAUUUUUUCUAGUCAUAUCAACUCUGGUAUCCUAGAUUGUGAGGGGAAAAAGGGUCCGCCACUGUAAGUUAUGGUUUCACAAUAUUAAAACUACAUUUGAAAAGUUUUUUGGUACGUCAUCAAUGGUUCAAAAUAAAAAAAAAUGAAUGUAAAAUUAAAAAUUCAUCAUGUUGAAAAAAUGUUUUUUUUUUAACCUUUGAAUCCACAAAGAUAUUUUUUAUGUUCUUUGCAGUUUGGCCCUGAAUUAAAUAUAAUGUUUUUACUUUGGGGUUGAAAACAAGAGCUAUUUGAAAACCAUAAAUUAUUAAAUGUACCAAACAUCACAAACAAACUGGACAACCUUAUAAAAGUUCAUGUUGAAUUAACAACAAAAUAAAAAAUGGAUACAUGUUUUUUAUCAUAACAGAAGGCGUUGUGUUUCUUUUGUCACUCAGUAUAUAUAUCAGCCAAAAUAACAAGUGCCAAAUACUUUCAAUUGUAAAUCUAUGAGGUAUUUAUUUAAAAUUUCGUCUCACUUCACAGCACUGUUCAGAAGUUAAGACAGCUGUAAUAUAUGCUUAUAAUAUCUUAUAGCUGAAUGAAUGCCAUGUAUAAGUAAACAUAUUGUAUGCUGACCACACCGAAUUGAUUAUAUGUUUUUUUUAGUGAUCCUGAAUUUUGUUGAGCGCCAAUAGAAGUAUACCAUGUACAACUUUUUUUUAACUAGAAAAUUCAAGGGAAAAAAUGAAAUUGUGGAAAACAAGAAAGAUUAUAUGUUAUAUGAAGUGAUUAAAAAUAGAAAUAUUAAAUAUUAAAAGCUUUAAUAAAUGUGACAUGGAUGUCCUGGUCAUUUUUAACAGGAAGUUUGAAGAACAAUUAUAGAUUUAUAUAUAUAUAUGUCCUUAAUUAUUUUUAAAUGCUUGUUGUUAAAAAAUGGAAUCUCCUUGAAAUAUAUACUAUAGAUUAUUGUUUCCUUGGAA